AUGGCGACUGCCGGCGAGCGCGAAGUUGAGGAGUUUUUGCUGCCUGUUCCCCGAAGAGAACAUGUGGGUCUUCACUGUGUUUGGGGUAUGGGAAAACAGUUGCACUUGUUUGAAACACAAGUGCCUCCUGCUUGUUCAUCUGGUAAGCAAAUUCCUCAAGCUACUCAGAGGGAUCAGGCAAUAUUUGAUGUACAGUGGAAUGCAGAAAUGCAUGAUAUUGCAAGAAAACUUGUGAAUGAAACACACAAUAUUUUUGUCAUGCUCCAAGGACAAGUAAAGAGUAUGACAGAAUCAAUGCUUUUCACUCAGCUGAAAAAAGCCAGCAAACAGUAUAGAGCUGUCCUCAAAGCCUGUAGCAUGGAACUGAUGCAGAUUUCAGAUGAUUGCAGAAAUGAGAUUCACAAGCUAAAGUAUGAGGAGCACAUACAAGAGUUUGAAAUGGUUCAGCUUAUUUGGAGCUUGUGCGAGAUCAUAUUUAUAGAUGUAGCUCCUGGUGGACUGAUAUUGACCCCUCUACUAGACUGGCUUCAGUGGCAUUUUCCAGAGGGCAAGCAGUUGGCCAUGGAAGUGACCCAGGCAGAGGUCCCAUCUUCCCAUCCAAGCUACUGGGAAGCGGUGUAUCGACUGCUCUUACAAGCUAACACGGAAAGUGUACGCAAACUCCUGUCCCUCCACCCUUACAGCCAUUCUGACCCUUUUGUCAGCGUUGAUGAACUCCUGCAGAAAAUGCCACACUGGACCCACCAGCAUGCCCAGUUUGCUGCGGAGUAUGAAAUGAAGUGGCGCCACUGGAGGGAGGAAUGUGUGCGGAGGUAUGAGGCAGGUGAAUUUGCAGCAUACGAACAUCUGGAGACCAUAGUACAGAUUCUCUGUGGGGAUGAGGCUGUGUUCAGGGAGAUGAAGAACAGAUGUGAGACAUGGUACCAUAUGCUGGUCUCAAAAUUGUUGUUUCAAAACCCCACUGCAAGGCUCAAUGACCUUGGCUCUGACAUAAAGACCUGUCAGUCGAUGUUCGGUCAGCCCACAGGCCAGGUCAGGGAACUGGACAACAUCCUCCAAGCUGCCAUGGAGUUUGACAUUCACCAGGUCAUCAAGGACAGCUGCUCUUUCUUGAGCAAUCGCAGCUGGUGGUUUGUCUCACAUUUGGCUGAUGUGUUACACCACUGUGGACAGCUGGACCCACAGAAGUUACCAUUCGGCUCAAAUUUAAGAGAAUAUUUACUACUGGAGUAUGCCACUGGUUUGAUGUCUCAUGAAAGUUUGUGGCAAGUGGGUGUGGACUACUUGGACUUCUGUCCCGUGUUUGGAAGAUCUUACUUGGCGUCAUACAUUGAACACAUACCGCUGGAUACAGAGAGGAAAGCUCACAAAGUUUUACACAUGUGUCAGGAAAGAGAUAUGGGUGCCCAAGCUCAGAGUAUCUGUAAAGUGAUGGGUAUGAAGUGUUUGCAACAACAGCGACUUGGCUCUGCGCUAUCCUGGUUCCUCAAAUCAAAGGAUGCAACAGUCAUCAAACAAAUCACUGAAAAGUUUCUAAAUGAGUACUGCGAGCAGGGCAAGUUUUCCCAUUUAGAUCUGAUUGACCAUCUUGGACCUUCAAUGUUGGUGGCCAACAGCCUCACAUUUCUGGCCAAGUACAGAGAAUUCCACACAUUGUACGACAGUGGAGAUGUUCACACGGCUACCUCUCUCCUACUCUCUUUGAUUUCAUCGAGACUUGCCCCCAAAUCGUUUUGGAUGACAAUGCUUUUGGAUGCAUUACCUCUACUCAAUUUGGAAAAGGUGGCUCUUGGUGUCCAACAAACGUAUGAAAUGAUGCACUGCCUGGACGAACUCCAAAGAGAUGGAGAGUCAAAUCAAAAAAAUUUUACAGAUACUGCCCUUGACAAGCUGAAAAUGCUGAGAAUGGCCCUCACAAAAAACCUAUCAAGAGCCAUAAUUGAAGAGGGAUCCAUCAAAGUGAACUCAUGAACGUAAAUUUCUGUCCACUCAUCAUAUUCUUUUUCUUAUGUGAAACAAACUUUCCUGUUUAUUGUUUGUUCUUUUUUUUUGGUCCUGCAGUAAGACUGGCUAGUAUUCAACAAUUUUAUGAGAAUCUGAAUGUUUUGUUGCAUGUUUUGGUUGUGUGUUUUUUUGUGCUAAGCUCGGGCAGCUUAGAUGCAUUCAAAGGGAUUUUGUGGAUUUUUUUUCUUUAAAAAAGCAAAUCUUUUAAUUCCAUCCUUCUUAACUUUCAUGCAUAAUUGUCAGCGAGUUAGGGGUGGAGGAGGCACAAACAGGUUGUCUUGUUUUCUUUGUACUCACAUAGCUGGGGGAGAGGCAUAAAAGGUGCACCUUCGCUCACAUUUCACAACACUUAACUGCUGUUGCUGCUGAGGCAAGAAACCCAUGUCUACUUGCAAAAAGAAGACCCUUACUCUACAAGAACAGAUAUACACAAGUUAAUGAACUACAUUCAGCAAGAGCCAUUGCAAAACUGUUAAAAGGCAAGAAAGUGCAAAUUCAAGAAA